CAAUCAAAGCUCUUUUCCUUUCCACCCAAACAAAUCACACCACCACCCUCGUCUAUAGGGAGGAUGAGGCGCCCAUCUACAGUUCCUUAUUGAUAUUGUUUUAUCUCUAGUGGAUUUGUUUCAGAAUGUCGAAAAUUGACAAACUUUCCAUUCUUGGUGUGCGAUCCUUUGACAAUACCCGAAGUGAGACGAUUCAAUUCCAUACCCCUUUGACGUUGAUUGUAGGAUACAAUGGAUCUGGAAAAACUACAAUUAUUGAAUGUCUCAAAUAUGCCACGACCGGUGAUUUACCCCCCAACAGCAAGGGUGGAGCCUUCAUCCACGACCCGAAGUUGUGCGGCGAGAAGGAAGUCCUAGCUCAGAUGGUGGCAACUCGAAGUCUACAACUUACCCAAAAGACCUUGGAAGGCCAAAUUUUGAUGGUGAAGGAUGGAGAACGGACAGCUAUAUCAUCUCGUGUCGCUGAGCUCGAUCAGAUUAUGCCUCAAUAUCUCGGUGUUUCGAGAGCCAUUCUCGACUCCGUUAUAUUCUGCCAUCAAGACGAAAGCCUCUGGCCCAUGAGUGAACCGUCGGUGCUCAAGAAGAAGUUUGAUGAAAUAUUCGAAGCUAUGAAAUACACAAAAGCUAUUGAUAAUAUAAAGGAGCUCGCUAAGUUCAAAAUCAUGGAACAACAUGCCAAGGAAGACAAAGAUAAAGCGGACCGCGCAGAGAAAAGAUCUGUUAAACUUCAGGAGGAAAUUGAGGCUUUACGCGAGGAGACCCACAAGCUUUCCCAGGAGAUGCGGAACGCGGCUGAAUUGGCCGAUAAAGCUUGGAAAGAAUCUGAGGGCUACGCGCAGGUUCUCGGUGCUUUGGAAGGCAAACGUAUUGAAGCAAAAAGCGUACAGUCUAGCAUCGAUAAUUUGAAGCAACAUCUCGUUGAGCUUGACGAGUCUGAUGAAUGGUUACAAUCCACUUUGGAGCAAUUUCAGUCCCGGCAAAUACAAUACCAGGAACAAGAAGAAAAUCUCAAAGAAAAGUACAUGGACAUCAAAGAACAAAUCGAAAAUUCACGCCAUCAGUUAGGAUUAAAGCAGGCCGAGCAUGGAAAGCACGAGAAUGACAAGGCCCAAUUCGAACGUCAAAUCGGACGGCGAGAAAGCAUGGUUCGAGAAAUUUCAAGGAGGAACAAUAUCCGUGGCUUCGAUGACACACUUGACGAGGCACAAAUCGAUGAGUUUAUGACCCGCAUGCGGAAGAUGAUAAAGGAACACAACCAAACACUGGAACGGACUAGGAAAGAAGGCCAACUAGAAAUUCGCGAGACCCAGAACACUCUCAAUCAGAUCGCCCAACGAAAGUCAACGCUUCAAGAGGUAAAGAACUUCGCCAGAAAGCAAAUUUCAGAUAACGACAAAGAAGUGGCGUCAGUCCAAAGUCGCCUAGAUGAGAUUGAUGUUGACGAAGGAACAGUCGCAGUGCUCGAGUCUAAAAAAGAGGGGGCACAAUCUCGUCUCGACAAAUUCAAAGAAACCCUUCAGGCAGCCACAUGGGAUAGAGAUAUCCAAAACGCUAACCAUGAGUUAAAGUCCUUUGAAGAUGCAAGCACUCGGCUAAAUACAGAACUCAUUGCAGGGACCAAAAGGGCUGGUGACCUAGCUCGCUUGGAUCAUAUAAAGACGGAGCUCAAAGAUCGUGAACGCCAAUUAGAGACCAUGUCGGGUGCCCAUGGAGAGCGCUUAUCAAAACUCGUAACGCCGCAGUGGACACCCGAGACUUUAGAGAAUGAGUAUUCGAAAGUCAUGGAAAAUGAGUCUAAAGCAGUGACAAUUGCUGAGCGUGACCGUGAUGGUAUUGGGCGGCAACUAGAUCAAAUCGACUUUAAACUUAAGAAUGCAAGGGUAGAUCUCCAAAAAAAGCAGAAGGAACGUGACGAGUGUGUAAACAAGAUCCACGAGGCAAUCGGCGAUGACCCAACAGAAUACCCGGAUGUCUUGCAAACGCGCCAGAACCUGCUAGAUCAAACAAGGAAAGAUGCUGAGCAGUUUGCAGGGAUGCACGAGUAUUUCAACAUGUGCCUAGAAGCUCUUGAUAAGAAAAAAAUGUGUCGAACCUGCAUGCGGUCAUUCAAAAACGACACUGAAAUGCGGAGCUUUAAGAGCAGACUGGAAGGUCUCAUCAAGAAAAACUUCUCGUCUUCAGAUGAGGAUUUAAAACAAGCAGAAACCGAGUUCGAAGCCGCUCGAAUGGUGAGCUCUGAUUAUGAUACCUGGUUUCGUCUAACAGAGAACAUCAUUCCAGAGCUCGAGAAGGAGGAAGAACAAUUUGAAUCGCAAAAAGAGGAGUUCCUGUCCAAGAUUGAAGAACACGAUAAAAUCGUGGACAGCUUUAUAGAGAAGAAGCGGGAAGUUGAAUCUCUCGCGAAAACAGUGACAACGAUUGUUCGUAUUGCAGGCGAAAUAAAAUCUCUGCGUUCUCAGUUGGCAGAACUUAUGUCCAAUCAACAAGACCCUGAAUCCUCGCGAACCUUGGAAGAUAUCCAAAACGAGAUUUCUGCUAUCGGAGAUAAGUCCAGGGCUGUCAAACUAACUAUUCAAAAACUCACAAGCGAGAAGGAACAAUGCCGAAAUGAUCUUAACAAGUCAGAAUUGGAGCUCAGAGAUGUGAAAAGUAGCCUCGACAAUGCUAGCCAUCAGCUGGAAAAGAAAUCCAGCCUUCUAGCUCGAAUUAAAGAGUACAAAUUGAUGAGCACUAAACAAAGAGAAUCAAUCGAAAAUGCAGACCGUGACAUCGAACAACUAAUUCCCGAGAUAGCCAAAGCCCAGGCCAAACAUGAUGACAUCAGCCAACGUGUCGAGGCAAAGGAGCGAGAGCUUCAGCAAGAUCUGUCUCAGCUGUCAGACAGUUUACACCAGCUCGACAUUUCAAAUGACGAUAUCAAGUCUUACAAUGACCGCGGGGGCCCCGAACAGUUAGCCAGAAGCAAAAAAGAUCUCGAAGUCAUUCAGCAGGAGAUUGAAUCCUUGGAGGUGAAACAAAGCGAGAUCACGCGAGAGAUCAAUAAAAUUUCAACCCAGCUUACAGAUAGCGAGAAUACCAAACGGCAGUAUUCUGAUAAUUUGUCAUAUCGCCAAGCUUGUAGGACGUUAGAGCAAGUUGAAGAAGACAUUCAUCAACUUGAAGAGCAAAACGCAGAGAUUGAUCGCGGCCGUUUCAAGGAAGAGUCUGAAAAAUGGACACGGAAACACAAUGCUCUGGCUGCUCAGCAAGCCAGCAAAAUGGGCGAGAUGAAGUCAAAAGAUGAUCAGCUCAUGCAACUACUAGCAGACUGGAACACCGAUUAUAAGGAUGCAGCUGUCAAGUAUAAAGAAACGCAUAUCAGAGUCGAAACUACAAAAGCGGCUAUUGACGAUCUUGGUCGUUACGGAGGUGCGCUAGACAAGGCAAUUAUGCAAUAUCACGGUCUCAAAAUGGAGGAAAUCAAUCGCAUAGUUGAGGAGCUCUGGCAACGAACCUACCGAGGCACCGAUGUCGACACAAUUCGUAUUAGGUCUGACAAUGAAAACGCGAAAGGUAAUCGUUCGUAUAACUACCGCGUCUGUAUGGUCAAGCAAGGCGCUGAGAUGGACAUGCGUGGACGCUGCAGUGCUGGUCAAAGGGUCCUGGCAAGUAUCAUUAUCCGCCUUGCUUUGGCUGAGUGCUUUGGCGUCAAUUGUGGACUUAUUGCGCUUGACGAACCGACAACAAAUUUGGACAGAGACAAUAUCCGUUCCUUGGCUGAAACUCGUCAACAGCAGUCCAAUUUCCAAUUGAUAUUUCUACACCACAUGCAGUGCGGUGACUUUACCGAUUACUACUAUCGUAGACAAUCAAUUGCAGAGGUACUGUAGUCAUAUAGAACUUUCAAUAAUUCUAACUAACAUUUACAGGUUAUGUGAUUUGAUUGAGACUUUAAUAUUACUCUCCAAAUGCAUUCGAUCCGGUGUUAGAUCAGAUGGAAACAGCGGGUGGUCUUGGUAGGAGUUCGGGGUUAUUCGAAGUUAUCUGGAAUACGUAACAUUGCAUUUACCUGGGCUUGUGACAAUGUAUAUUUGAACCAUAGCACUGCUUUUCUAAUAGAAACAAAGUCACUCAAACGA